UGAGCACUAAGCACUAGGUGCUGACCCUUCUACGGUGCAAUCCUGAUCCGAAUCCUUGUUUCUGCCCCGCGCUUACCGACCAGAUAACAUGAGUGAUCUUGCCGCGUUCGAUCCUCCUCCUUCUCCACCACCGCCGUCCUACGAAAUAUCACAGCAUGAAUUCGAUCAGAAGACAUCGCACGUCCUCGAGCAGAGCGCGCGCGACCCACCCCCGCGACGCGUCGACGAGGAAGGCUUUGAGGUCUGGGACGAGGCGAUCUUCGAGGCCGCCCUGAACGGCAUGAGUACCCUUUCCGUUGGCGAAGCAUCUCGGCCUUCGCAUCGCAGAGCCAGCUCUAGUUCUGCAGCCCCCACUUCUACACCUGGAUCUGGUCAUGGGUUGGGCUAUUCACUAGAGAAGGAAAGGAUACGAUCGCCACCACAAGAACCCCCUGCUGGAUCUGGGUAUGGGUAUGGUGCAAGUUUGGGUUCGGGAUCUGGCUCGCGCCCGUAUGCAGAGUCGGCUUCAUCCUCCUCAGUGCCUUCCUCGACACGGCAGAAUGUUCGGCCCCUUCGCGUGCAGAAGAGGAUCCGACCUCAGAAGGAACGUCCUGCUUGGUACGCGGAGGCGGGCCUUGGGGGAGGCAGCCCGCCCCCAUCCCCCCUCGAGCCUCAGACUCAAGCGGGAAGCUCGUUCUCGCGCCCGCCGCCGGUGCAGCUGCAGCGAGGACGUACCGUUAUGACUAGUGCCGAUCGCGAGGGCACGCCUCCACCGGAGUUCACUCCUGUCGGGCCUUCACUAGACGGUCCGCCCUACGAGGAUGCGAUCGUCAUGACCUACGAGGGGGAGCCACUUCCUCCUGCGCCGGGUGCGAAUGGGACACCUGAACCUCCCGCGUUCUCGACCCCGACCCCGCCCUCACCUCUUACGCCAGCAUCGACCCUACCCGCCGCAGAACCUGCCCAUCCGAUCCGGAGUCCGACGCCUGCGCACUCGCACCCACGACCCCACUCAGCCGCAUGGCAGCGUCAUCCUGUCCACUCGCAGUCGAUGCCUCAGAAUCUGCCGGCCUCAUCGGUGUCGCCUGUGCCGCGCCCGCAUGUCGCCGCUCAUCACCAAUCCCUGCCUUUCCCUUCCUCGCAGCAUGGCAACGUCCAGGCUCGGCCUCUAUCCUUCUACCCACCAGGACAACCUAACGCCCCGCGCGUUCCAUUCAACCCGCAGAUGGCAUACGCAAAGCCGAUUGCUCCUCUGAUCCCUGCUCAAGCGGCAGACACGGGACCGCAACUCGUCGACCCGUCCGCGUUCUACAGUCACGCUGUCUCGGCGCACUACUCUUUCAACGUGCCCGCACGGUUGACAAAUCAGACACACGCCGGGCAAUCUAUGCAAUCCCGCUACUCUCAGCAUUUCACCCAGGACAUAGCGCCUUCUCCGAAUGGCUUCGGAUCGAAUCACAUUGACAAGGGCGUCCCACCUCUUGUUUCCCCGCGACCAAACUACGGAUACAGUCAAGCGGCGUUCAGUGAUACCGCCAGCAUUUACAGCCAGAAUGGUGAAGCAACUAACUGGGCGCCCAAUGGGCAGCAGGGCUGGCAGUCGACUGGAGGAGGAUACCAAACUUACCGAUGACGAAACUUCAUUGCGACAACGACUCCCGCACGAAGCGUAACGGCACUUUAGGGACACUGCAAUAGAGGUUGCUAAUGUACCAGGUAUAUGUACUAUUGC